AUGAAACAAUUUAGUUUUCAUUUGUUGCUGGCAUUGGUAAUAGGAAUUUUUAGUUUUAAUUUAUGUAGUGCUUUAAAUAGAAGAAACAAUAGUACACGAUUCCAUUGUUAUUAUGCUGAGGAUCAAUGUCCUAAUAAGGAUAUACACUUUUGGUUGUACACCAAAGAAACUCAAAAAACUCCCUUAUUACUUGAUCCUCUCAAUCUCAAUACCGACUCAUUCCCGGAACGUUUACCCUUGAAGAUUUUAUUACAUGGCUUGGGCUUAGAUCACAACCUCUCACCGAAUCAGGAAUUACGUCCCUUGCUGCUGCAUCAUGAGUCAAAUUAUGUAAUAAGCGUGGAUUAUUCGGCAAUCUCAAGAGUUUUAUGUUUUAUGCCUUGGGCCAUACAAAAUACUCGUGUUGUAGCCAAAUGUUUGGCUUUACUAAUCAACAAUUUAAUAGAUCAAGGAAUAUAUACAGCGGAAGAUAUACAUUUAAUUGGUUUUAGUUUGGGGGCUCAAAUAGCUGGUUUGGCGUCUAAUCAUUUGAAUUAUAAAGUUAAAAGAAUAACAGGUCUAGAUCCCGCUGGUCCCACUUUUGACACUAACAAUUUAACGGAGCGUCUCGAUUCCUCAGAUGCUCAAUUCGUUGAUGUUAUACAUACAGAUCCGCGAUUUUUUUCCAUAAGCACUGCAUUGGGUCAUGCUGAUUUCUAUCCAAAUUAUUUGAAACUUGUGCAACCGGGUUGUAAUCCUCUAAUGGAGAUUAGAAACUGCAAUCAUUUUCGUUCUAAUAUAUAUUAUGCCGAAUCUAUGGUAACUGAUGAGGGCUUUUGGUCUUAUAAUUGUGGCAGUUAUAUGGAAUUUGUAUAUAAUCAGUGUGCUAAUUAUUCCGAUAUACCUCAUGCCUUAAUGGGUUAUUAUGUGGAUGAGAGUGCUAGAGGUUCUUAUUUCCUAGAAACAAAUGACAAGUCUCCAUAUGCUCAGGGGCCAUUAGUGCAGUUUGAAUUGGAGGUUGCAGAUAAAGUUUAUUAA